CUUGAAUGACGGUAUGCUGAAUUGUGAAAUCGAGUUAGGAGGGUAGGUUUUCAACUGUUGGAUGACCUUAUGGGUGAUCUCCUGGUGAACGCCUUCCGAAUCUCCAUUCAGUGGGAUAGAAAUCAGCCAAGUACUUUGGUCGGAAGGCAUUACAAGUACGUGUCGUGGUCGUAGUCGAAGUUCGUGAUGUAGGCAGCAGCACCGAUCGCAGUGCUGGUGUCUUUGGCCCUGUUUGGGAUCAAAGCCUUCCUUCGAUCUCACCACUAGGAUGCUCUUCAAUUUGCUGCUAAAGAACACUUUGCGAGCUCCCUUCUCGCGUACAUUUGCCUCCUCUUCCAAUGUAGCUCCUUUGGUCUUGUCUCCUCCUCAAUUGCGCGAGAUAUUGCAAUCAAAAACCCCAGUGUCCGUGCUGGAUGUUUCUUGGUUUAUGCCCAACAGUCCUCGCAAUGCAAAGAGCGAAUUUAUUGCGAAGAGGAUACCAGGAUCUCAGUUUUUGGACCUAGAUGAAGUGGCUAGCUCUCAUCCCUUAGGCCUCAAACAUAUGAUGCCCACGGAACGCGUAUUCGCGGAUGCGUGUGAAAAAUUUGGAAUCCAGCCUGCAUCUCACGUUGUAAUAUACGACAGUCACGGCAUCUUUUCCUCACCUCGCGCCCUGUUCAUGUUCAGAUCUUUCGGCCAUACUAACUCCAGUGUCGUCAACGGUGGCUUGCCAUACUGGGAGGACUUGGGUUUUCCUACUGAAGAGGGACCUGCCUCCCUGCCGAAGCCAGCGGAAUAUCCAAUCCCAAAGCUCGAUGUGUCAGCUAUUCGUAAUUACGAACAAAUGGUUGCCAAUUCAACCUCUGACCCGCGAUCGGUCGGCGCCGACAUCGUAUUAGACGCGCGUUCGCGGGGCAGGUUUACAGGUGCAGAUCCUGAGCCACGGCCCGGUCUGGAGUCUGGACACAUACCCCGUUCUUUCUCGCUGCCGUUCAACGUUUUCUUACAACAGCAAAGCACGGCAUCAAAUUCAACUUACACAACUUUGCGUCCCAUUCCGGAAAUUCGCCAAGCGUUAGUCGAUGCUGUUGGAGACAGGCAGGCCGAAGCAAUCCUGAAUGGGGAUGCAUCUGUCGUGACCACUUGUGGAAGUGGAAUGACUGCCGCUGUACUCUGGUUAGGUUUGAAACUUUUGGGUGCCCACAAUAUUGGGCUAUACGACGAGUCGUGGACUGGCUAUGCUAUGCGCAGCUCGAGCAAAAUCGACAAGACUAUUUAAAGAACGGGCGUUCAUGUUACAGUGUACAAUAGGCCGCAAUGAUUCCAUUUGUCGUUCUUCCGCAGACUACCAGCUUCCUCUCAAGUAUCCCGGUCCUCAAGAUGUUGUCGGUGUUCUCCCAAGCGCGUGAGCUUUGUACAGCGGAAUAAUAUUAAUACAAUAAAUAUCACGGUAAAAAUACAGCAACACGGAC